CUGUCACGGAUCCGAGGGAUGGCAGGAGAGUAGCCUUAAAAAAACUGCCGAACGUCUUUCAAAGUCUCGUGAGUAGCAAGCGAGUCUUCAGGGAACUGAAAAUGCUUUGCUUCUUCAAACACGAUAACGUGCUUUCCGCGCUGGACAUCCUUCAGCCGCCGCAUCUGGACUUCUUCCAAGAGAUAUAUGUGAUCACCGAGCUGCUCCAGAGCGACCUGCACAAGAUCAUCGUGAGUCCACAGCAUCUCAGCCCGGACCACAUCAAGGUCUUCCUUUAUCAGAUCCUGCGAGGCCUCAAGUAUCUUCACUCGGCCCGAAUUCUUCACAGGGAUAUCAAACCGGGGAAUCUCCUAGUGAACAGCAAUUGCGUACUAAAAAUCUGUGAUUUCGGAUUGGCGCGGGUGGCGGAGCCUGACCAGAACGUGCACAUGACCCAGGAAGUGGUGACACAGUAUUAUCGCGCGCCGGAAAUCCUGAUGGGUGCGCGGCAUUAUACCGCCGCGGUGGAUGUGUGGAGUGUCGGCUGCAUCUUUGGCGAGCUGCUACGCCGGCGAAUCCUCUUCCAGGCCCAGAGCCCCGUGCAACAGCUCGAGUUAAUCACGGAACUACUGGGUUCGCCUACUCUUGAAGAGAUGAGGUACGCGUGCGAGGGUGCAAAGUCUCAUAUGUUGAGAAGGGCACAGAAGCCGCCAUCGCUCGCGACCCUGUAUAAUCUCAGUAGCCAGGCAACGCACGAGGCCGUCCAUUUGCUUUGCCAGAUGCUAGUCUUCGAUCCCGAUAAGAGGAUCACCGUAGUGGACGCCCUGGCGCAUCCUUAUCUGGACGAGGGACGGUUGCGGUAUCAUUCAUGCAUGUGUACGUGCUGCUAUACGACGAGCGCAGGCAUGAGACAGUACAGGGUGGAUUUCGAGCCUUCGGCCGCCCAUCCGUUCGACGAUCUCUGGGAGCGAAAGCUCACGAGCGUGCAGCAAGUGAAAGAGGAGAUGCACAAAUUUAUAGCGGAGCAGCUGAAUACAGCACGAGUGCCGCUCUGCAUAAAUCCGCAAUCCGCGGCAUUCAAGAGCUUCGCAAGCUCCACGGUGGCUCUCCCCUCGGAAUUGCCACCCUCUCCACACCAGUGGGAGUAAAAAGUCUUCCUCCGUUCCCGAGAUAGAGACCAUUGGACCCGAGGGUGACGACUUCGCGUCGCGCCUCGAGAGAAGAAAGGACGAUCUUUCGACCGGAAGAUAUAGUAAGUCGCCGAUAACGAGAGGAAGACGGAAGCUGCGGAGAGAAGAGCCAAGAGAGACAAUAGACUGCCGCACACUGUAGCCUCAAUUUUCGACUAGCCGAUACAUAUACAUGCGCGAGGUGUCGCAACAGCGAUGCGUAGAAAAAUGCCCGGGAAAAUUUCGGCUCGAGAGCCUUUUAUCAUUUAUCUCAGGAAUGCGCUUUUUUUUUCCAAGAGAAUUGGAAAUUAUUUUAUUUCAUGCUAUAGGAAUGAAAUUUCGUUUGAAAAAUUUCAGUGAUUUUAGAAAAGUGAGUUAAGAAGUAUUGGUUAAAUGAAUAAAAAAUUUUCAAUUUUUUUCGUAAGAAUUCUACGAGGAAAGAGCUCUGCAUUUCUCUUUUAAGAUUGCAUUUUUUAAAAGACAGUUUUGCAAAUUCUCUCGAUUUUUGUCUUAGGUGCAUGCAUUUCGAGGGAAAAAGACUUUAUUUAUUUUUUUUGUCAGACGUACUUUGAAUGACGUAAAUGCAUUUAACAACGUGAAUUUCUUUUUCGACUUUAUAUAUUCUGGAACAUAAUUAACUGAAAUAUUAUUCGAUAACGAAAUAAAAUUACAAGUAAUGCCAAGAUUCUCUUCAACGGUGUUUGAAUUUAAAUUUUAUUUAAAUAAAUUUUAAAUUCAAUACCUUGACAGAAAUUUGCUAAAUUUUCAUUUAAGGUAUCAUUUUACGAUCAUGAUUAUUAUCGAUCUUCGUAGAAGUUCAAGAUUCUCAUGAGAUUCAAAGAAAAUUCUGAAAAUGUUAAUAAUCAAGGACUGAGAAAUAAUUAAAAAAGAGAAAGAGAGAAUGUAUGUGCGUGAGAGAAAAAAAGAAAGAGUAAUAUCGCCAUACACAUGAAACAUUAUUUUAAGAAAAAUUCAUUUGAAAUUUCACAAGGAAACAUUAUCUCGUCGCAUUUCUCUGCGCAUUUGAUCGCAUCCUGCGUGUAUAUAUAGCAAUAUAUUAUACAUAUACGUUGUAUACACAUGAUAUCGAAGAGAGAUACACGUGUACACACAUACACAGACACAUAUACAUACAUACACGUAAACACAUUAGCCAAUUUAAAACACAAAGUAGCCAAUUUUAAUUCCGAGAAAGAACAAGGGGAUGGAGGGAGGAUUUCCGUGAAAGCAGGAGAGCGAAAAGGAGGAGGAGUAAUAGUUAAUAGCGAUUAGUAUAAAAACUCGAGCGUCCAAAAGACGGGCCAGUCCUUUUUUUUUUUUCUUAGAUUUUACACACGUGUACAGGUCGCGCGCGAGGUCAACUGGCAUUUAUAAUCGAAUAUAUGCGCACGCGUGGGAGGAAAGUGCCGGGAAGAAGAGGCGAAAGUUCCUUCACGUCCUGAGAAUCGACGAGGAGUGUCACAUUGCGAAUCGAAUUGUCUAGAUGUCGCUGCGAUAGUCAGACCGAUGAUUAGAAUCGAAUAGCCCUUGGUUGGAGAUUGCGCGAGAGUGUUAGAAUAUCUCUCGAGAGAACGUCACCUUAAUAAUAAUGAUGUACAGUUAUUCGAUGGCGGAAUAUUAUUCGGAGCGAGAUAUCUCUCAAGGAUGUUCCCCGCGAGAACGUUUAAUCCUUGGCGAGAUCCUUCAGGAUAUUGCGAGUAGGUAUGUCCGAAGGUCAGGCGAAGCCCGCCUCGAAGACAUUCGUCGAGAUGGGACGACUGGCGAAAACUCGACAGCUUUUCUUCCUUCGCGUCAGAAGAUGUAGGUACCGUUUACCCAAGUGUAAAUCGAGCCUCGAGAGCUAAUCGAUCAUCGCGAGCGUCGACACUCGAUCGCGAAACUGUUGAAAUCCGCGACAGAUCCGAAGAGGAAGCGAGAGAAGAGAGAAGAAGUCGUCGUGAUCGGAUCCUUCUCCGAUGAAGUAACAACAAUCCGGAACUGCUAAAAGGAUUGUUGAAGACGAAUCGCGGCGAUUAAUGUGUAAUAUAUAAUCGGCACUUUUCCUCCCCAAUGCGUCGGCAUUAAUAAGAUAACAAAUUAAUUUCGACCGGCAUUCGCUGGGAAUGAAGACUUAGUAAGUCCCUGAUUGAUAAGCGUUCUCUCCUUCAAGUGGAGAAUAAGACGAGGAAGGAGUAAAAUUAGGUACAAGUUCGAAUGGAUGCAAAAAUGUGGGAAGAAUCGCGGCAGCGAAUCGCAAACGCGAAAGAUUUCACGUAUUAGUCUUAUAAAUUCAUGCAAGAAGAUAUUCGCGUAAUUAAGGGAAAUUUGGAAAAGACGCGAAUGAUCCUCGAAGGAUCGUUCGAUUUUCAAAAUUUAUUUCGAGAAACGGAGAGCAUUCUUUUUUCGCGUUUAUCGGCGAUUCGCUGUCUCGAUGAGAAAACUCGCGUCCUGUUUUUUCGCAAGUGUCGGUCCUGUUCGCUUGCUUCUCGUCUCUCAAGAUCGAGAUUUCAAAUAGCGGGACUCUUUAGAUCUCAGGUUAGAAAAUAGGAAAAGAAGAACGUCUUGCGAGAAGACAGGACUCUUGCGGUUUCGCAUAGGAGAAGGAGGGAGGCGAAGGUAUGCGCGAACACAUGCACGUUGAUAUCCAACGACUUUGUCGCCGGCCGAUCUCGAAGAAUCUCGAGAAUCUCCGCGUCGAGAAAAUGUUUCUCGUCCGUCUCGGCGACACGAUCAUUUUCCCUCGUUUACCUCGCGAACGCGGGUUUUUCCUCGCGCGAUUCUAGCGCGAUUUAUUCCAAUAAACACACUGCCGACGUAUCGUGCGAACGCGACGGUAUCAAUACGGAAAGAAAGAGAAAUGAGAAUAAAGAUAAAGAAAAGAAAGUGAGAGAGACAGAUAGUGAAAGAAAAAAGAGAAUGAAGACGAAUGAUGAGAACGGGAAUUGAAACUGGCGCAAUUUUUUUUAGGUCUGAUUUCUUAAACUCGCGGUAAUUUUGUAAAGAUUUAAGAAAAGAAAUUUAACAAAAAAAAAAAAAAAAAAAAAAAAA